AAAAUUUAUAAUAAUUGCUUUGUUUAUGGUAGUUGGAUAAAAUAACAUCUGCCAUUGUGGAAUAUAUAAAUACACAGGUCAAGUUCAGUCUAUUACCCACUCAGAAUAAAAUCUAGCGAAGAAAAUCGGAUACAGGAAAGCAGAAUACAAUGGGAGGGUAUAAGAUUGUCGUUGCUGUGUUCAGUUUUGCAUACAUCGUACUCUUGUCAGCGAAUCAUGGUUCUGGUCUUUCGAUUGGGAAUCCAGUGGUUUGUCCUCCUGUUAGAUGCGUUUCUUUAUCUUGCGGUGUGAAAAACGCCUCCGACUGCCACACCGGCGAGCAGUACGUACCUGUACAUAGCAGAGGAUGGUGCGGCUGCUGCUAUGCAAACUGCUGUGGUGCUUGCGUUCAAACUGUCGCUGUUACCGAUAUUUUCAAUACGCUGGGUUAUUACGUUCGCAUGUAUGGACCGUCUUCUGGUGCACAAAAUCUCACUUGUCACUUCACUACAUGUUUCGGCAUUACUGUGCCAUCCUCAGGUAUUGGAGACAACUGCUCAGCGAGUUACGACGGUUAUAACGGACAUUACAAAGUGUGUCCCGGUGGCUUGGAGUGCAGCCAUGAUUCAAACAAGUGUGUAAGGACCAUCUCCACUACAACGAUACUCCCGUAAGGACGCGUAUUUUAGUGAGCUGCUGUACUGAAUGUAACACUGUAAUAAAACAUUGAAGAUACUGGUACUAGUGCCA